UUAGCAGACGGUUUUUUGUGACGGGACGGGUGAUUGCUGAAGCGAGGGCAAACUCACAAGUCAAAUUGAAAUCCUUUUUCUAUUCGAGUAUCACAUGUUUUGUGUGUGUGUGUAUUAAAUACUUAUUAAAUUAAACAUGAUACGCCUUGGUUUCCAGCUACUUGGUGGCGCAAAAUCUUUUCAGCCUUCUCUGUCUAUAAAAGUUGAACAAAUAAGGACCACAUUUGUACUGAAAAGACGCUAUCCACCGUUACUGGAUAAACAAAAUAGACCCCCAAAACCUUUAGUGACAAAAAAUUUUGUAUAUGAUGAAGUUGAAAAUGCUAAUCUAAAAAAAGAACCAGAUCUCAAGCUCAUCCUGACUUCCUUUGUUGAGGGUGUUGGUCUAAAAAAUGAAAUCGUAACUGUACGGCCUAAUUUUGGCCGCUUUAAACUCUUAGCAUCUGGUCUUGCAGUUUAUGCUUCACCAGAAAAUUUGGAAAAACUGAAAAAAGAUCUUGAAAAUUCAGAUAAUAAAGUCCAGACUACACUUCACAGCUCUCGUUUUGCAGAAUUGACUCGACGCGACUUGGCAAGUAAGAUUUUAGUUGUGCUUGUUAAUCAAGAAAAUCCUUGGACAAUAGAAAAAUGGCACAUAAGAGCAGCUUUUCGUCGAACUGGAAUUUGGGUGCCUGACAACGCAAUUAAGAUGGGUGAUAAGCCCAUAUCUGGACCUAAUUUAGAGUUAGAAAAGAAAUACUUUCUUGUUACAGUGACGAUCAAUAACUUAGAAACUACCCCAGUUCGAUGUAUGAUCCGUCAUUGGUCAACUUUUCCGGAACUCAGAUUACCUAAGGUUGAUGGUUAUUUGGAACCUCCUUACGAGCCUAUUUUUGAAGACGAUAGAGAAAUUAUAUCAACUCUACCUCUUCCUGUGUUCUGUUUGAAAAAAUCUGUUGCUAGUUGAUGGCUACUCAGUUUGUCAUGUAGAUCAAUAUAAAAAUAAGUAACAAACA